UCGGAGAGAAGCACUCGCACCGGAUGUCCCCGACCGAGAGCCCAUAAAGAAGCAGCGUCGAAGCGCGAGCGACGGAGCAGUAGCCAACCGCUCGUCUUGGGUCCUGUCCCUCCUCCUUCUCUUCUUCAGGGGAUUUUUUUUUCUUCUUCUUCUUCUUCCUCCCCCCCCCUCGUUUUGAGAGUAGAACUUCAAAAACGCUUUUGUCUUCCAGCCGGGCGCCGAGGCUUCUUGCUGACAUGGUAGAUUAUCACGCUGCCAACAACCAACACUCGACCGGCGGUGCGCUUACCUACAUGGAGCAGGAGAACGACUGGGACCGGGAUCUGCUGCUGGACCCGGCCUGGGAGAAACAGCAGAGAAAGACUUUCACGGCGUGGUGCAACUCCCACCUGCGGAAGGCCGGCACGCAGAUCGAUAACAUCGAGGAGGACUUCAGGGAUGGCCUCAAGCUCAUGCUGCUGUUGGAGGUCAUCUCAGGUGACCGGUUACCCAAGCCAGAGCGAGGCAAGAUGAGAGUCCACAAGAUCAACAAUGUCAACAAAGCCCUGGACUUCAUCGCCAGCAAGGGAGUCAAACUGGUGUCCAUCGGAGCAGAGGAAAUUGUGGACGGAAACGCAAAGAUGACCCUGGGAAUGAUCUGGACCAUCAUCCUCCGCUUCGCCAUCCAGGACAUCUCUGUGGAAGAGACCUCGGCCAAGGAGGGUCUUUUGUUGUGGUGCCAAAGGAAGACCGCUCCCUACAAGAACGUUAACGUGCAGAACUUCCACAUCAGCUGGAAAGAUGGUCUUGCCUUCAAUGCUCUGAUCCACAGACACAGACCUGAGCUCAUUGACUAUGAUAAGCUGAGAAAGGAUGACCCAGUGACCAAUUUGAACAACGCCUUCGAGGUGGCAGAGAAGUACCUGGACAUCCCCAAGAUGUUGGACGCAGAAGACAUUGUGAACACUGCUCGCCCAGACGAGAAAGCCAUUAUGACUUAUGUGUCCAGUUUCUACCAUGCCUUCUCUGGAGCGCAGAAGGCCGAGACAGCUGCCAAUCGCAUUUGCAAGGUGUUGGCCGUCAACCAGGAGAAUGAGCAUCUGAUGGAGGACUACGAGAAGCUGGCUAGCGAUCUGCUGGAGUGGAUCCGCCGGACCAUCCCCUGGCUGGAGAACCGAGCCCCAGAGAGGACCAUGGCUGAGAUGCAGCAGAAGCUGGAGGAUUUCAGGGACUACCGUCGCGUCCACAAGCCACCCAAGGUCCAGGAGAAGUGUCAGCUGGAGAUCAACUUCAACACCCUGCAGACUAAACUGAGACUGAGCAACAGACCCGCCUUCAUGCCCUCCGAGGGACGCAUGGUGUCUGACAUUAACGGGGCGUGGCACAACCUGGAGGGGGCAGAGAAGGGAUACGAGGAGUGGCUCCUCAACGAGAUCCGACGUCUGGAGAGACUGGACCACCUGGCCGAGAAGUUUCGCCAGAAGGCAACCAUCCACGAGUCCUGGACUGAAGAUAAGGAGGCCAUGUUGACCCAGAAAGACUAUGAGACGGCCUCUCUGUCAGAGGUCAAGGCAUUACUACGGAAACACGAGGCCUUUGAGAGCGACCUGGCGGCCCAUCAGGACAGAGUGGAGCAGAUCGCAGCCAUUGCACAGGAACUUAAUGAGCUGGACUACUAUGACUCUCCCAGCGUCAACGCUCGCUGUUCGAGGAUCUGCGACCAGUGGGACACCCUGGGGUCUCUCACCAAGAGCCGCAGGGAGUCACUGGAGAGGACGGAAAAGCAGCUGGAAUCGAUAGAUGAGCUGUACCUGGAGUAUGCCAAGAGGGCGGCGCCCUUCAACAACUGGAUGGAAGGAGCCAUGGAGGACCUUCAGGACAUGUUUAUCGUCCACAACAUUGAGGAGAUCCAGGGCCUGAUAACGGCACACGAACAGUUCAAGUCCACCCUGCCGGACGCCGACAAGGAGCGGCAGGCCAUCCAGGCCAUCCAGUCCGAGGUUCAGAACAUCGCCCAGUACAACGGCAUCAAGCUGAGCGGGACAAACCCCUACACCUCCAUCACGCCACAGAGCAUCGACAACAAAUGGGACAAAGUGCAGCAGCUGGUGCCCCAGCGUGACCAGGCCCUGCAGGAGGAGCUGGCCAAGCAGCAGUCCAAUGACCACCUAAGGCGGAAGUUUGCCAGUCAGGCCAACAUCGUCGGCCCCUGGAUUCAGACCAAGAUGGAGGAGAUUGGAAGGAUAUCCAUUGAGAUGAAUGGCACCCUGGAGGAUCAGCUGACCAACCUGAGGGAGUAUGAGCAGAGCAUCAUCGACUACAAGCCAAACAUCGACCAGCUGGAGGGAGACCACCAGCUCAUCCAGGAGGCCCUCAUCUUCGACAACAAAUACACCGCCUACACCAUGGAGCACCUGCGUGUGGGCUGGGAGCAGCUGCUGACCACCAUCGCCAGAACCAUCAACGAGAUCGAGAACCAAAUCCUGACGCGUGAUGCCAAGGGCAUCAGCCAGGAGCAGCUGCACGAGUACCGCACUUCCUUCAACCACUUUGACAAGGACCACAGCGGGGCCCUGAUGGCUGAGGAGUUCAAGGCCUGCUUGAUCAGCCUGGGCUAUGAUGUGGAGAACGACAAGCAGGGUGACGCUGAGUUUGCUCGCAUCAUGGGCAUAGUGGACCCGAACAACAGCGGGGCCGUCACCUUCCAGGCCUUCAUCGACUUCAUGUCUCGGGAGACCACCGACACGGACACGGCGGACCAGGUCAUCGCCUCCUUCAAGAUCCUGGCUGGGGAUAAGAACUUCAUCACAGCCGAUGAGCUCAGGCGGGAGCUGCCCCCGGACCAGGCGGAGUACUGCAUCGCCCGCAUGGCGCCCUACGCGGGGCCCGACGCCGCCCCCGGGGCCCUGGACUACAUGUCUUUCUCCACCGCCCUCUACGGAGAGAGCGACCUGUAGAGGAGCAGGCGUAUGAGGAG